GCCUGGAGAGAGUUUCCUUCGGUCGUGACACUCAGCUAAUUUUGACUCCCACGGGCCACUGUCGAGUCGUCAUUGGACAACACCGUCGGUGUGGUCGCGUGGCAUCGUGGGUAAGAGGAAGAUAGAGUCUCACGCUCGGAAAGAUGGCGGACGCGUUCGGGGAUGAGCUGUUUAGCGUGUUCGAGGAUGAUUCAACGACUGCAGCUGGGAACAAAAAAGACAAAGAAAAGGAGAAAGGGAAAUUGAAGGGGCCGCCAGGAUCGGCAGACAAGGCCGGGAAGCGUUUUGACAGCAAAUUGCAAUCAGAAUCAACCAACAGUGGAAAAAACAAAAGAGAUACAGAUUUUGAAGGUACAGAUGAACCCAUUUUUGGAAAGAGGCCGAGGAUAGAAGAAUCAAUAACUGAAGACUUGAGUUUGGCAGACCUAAUGCCCAGAGUCAAGGUACAAUCAGUUGAAACUGUUGAAGGAUGUACACAUGAGGUUGCACUCCCUGCAGAUGAGGAUUAUUUACCACUGAAACCUCGAGUUGGAAAAGCUGCAAAGGAGUACCCAUUCAUUCUUGAUGCUUUUCAAAGAGAAGCCAUUCAGUGUGUUGAUAAUAAUCAAUCCGUUUUAGUAUCUGCACAUACAUCAGCAGGAGUAUGCAAUUGCACUGGCCUUAAGAGAAAAACAGCGAGUAAUAUUUACCAGCCCGAUUAAGGCUCUGAGUAAUCAGAAAUACCGGGAGAUGUAUGAAGAAUUUCAGGAUGUUGGUCUGAUGACUGGAGAUGUUACUAUUAAUCCUACAGCAUCUUGUCUUGUUAUGACCACAGAGAUUUUAAGAAGUAUGCUGUACAGAGGUUCUGAAGUUAUGCGAGAAGUUGCUUGGGUCAUAUUUGAUGAAAUUCAUUACAUGAGAGAUUCAGAGCGUGGUGUAGUAUGGGAAGAAACUAUUAUUUUGCUUCCUGAUAAUGUCCACUAUGUCUUUCUAUCGGCUACUAUUCCAAAUGCCCGACAAUUCGCCGAAUGGAUUUGCCACUUACAUAAACAGCCUUGUCAUGUAAUUUACACAGAUUAUCGGCCUACUCCAUUGCAGCACUACAUCUUCCCAGCAGGGGGAGAUGGCCUACACCUUGUGGUUGAUGAAAAUGGUGACUUCAGAGAAGAUAAUUUUAAUACUGCAAUGCAAGUGCUUCGAGAUGCAGGUGAUCUGGCAAAAGGAGACCAGAAAGGGCGGAAAGGAGGAACAAAAGGACCAUCAAAUGUGUUCAAGAUUGUGAAGAUGAUUAUGGAAAGAAAUUUUCAACCUGUAAUUAUUUUUAGUUUUAGUAAAAAGGAUUGUGAAGCCUAUGCACUUCAAAUGACCAAAUUAGAUUUUAACACAGAUGAAGAAAAGAAGAUGGUUGAAGAAGUUUUCAGUAAUGCAAUUGACUGCUUGUCUGAUGAAGAUAAAAAGCUCCCUCAAGUUGAACAUGUACUUCCUCUUUUGAAACGAGGAAUUGGUAUUCACCAUGGUGGUUUACUUCCUAUUUUGAAAGAAACUAUAGAAAUUCUCUUUUCUGAAGGAUUGAUAAAGGCCUUAUUUGCUACAGAGACGUUUGCUAUGGGAAUUAAUAUGCCAGCUAGAACUGUUUUAUUUACAAAUGCCCGCAAGUUUGAUGGGAAAGAUUUCAGAUGGAUCUCCUCGGGUGAAUACAUUCAGAUGUCUGGUCGUGCGGGAAGAAGGGGAAUGGAUGAUAGAGGAAUUGUAAUUCUCAUGGUGGAUGAAAAGAUGAGCCCAACAGUUGGAAAACAACUACUUAAGGGCUCAGCUGAUCCUCUAAAUAGUGCUUUCCAUUUGACGUACAACAUGGUUUUGAACUUAUUACGUGUAGAAGAAAUUAAUCCUGAGUACAUGUUGGAGAAAUCCUUCUAUCAGUUUCAGCAUUACAGAGCAAUUCCCGGAGUAGUAGAGAAGGUAAAGAACUCAGAAGAACAGUAUAAUAAAAUAGUAAUUCCCAAUGAAGAAAGUGUAGUCAUCUAUUAUAAGAUUAGGCAACAGCUUGCCAAACUGGGUAAAGAAAUUGAGGAAUAUAUUCACAAACCAAAAUACUGCUUACCAUUUUUACAACCAGGUCGUUUGGUAAAGGUGAAGAAUGAAGGAGAUGACUUUGGCUGGGGAGUAGUAGUGAAUUUCUCAAAAAAGUCAAAUGUUAAGCCUAAUUCUGGUGAACUGGAUCCUUUAUAUGUAGUAGAAGUACUUCUGCGCUGUAGCAAAGAGAGCUUGAAAAACUCAGCUACUGAGGCUGCCAAACCAGCUAAACCUGAUGAAAAAGGAGAGAUGCAGGUUGUCCCAGUUUUGGUGCAUCUCCUCUCUGCUAUCAGCAGCGUUAGGCUUUACAUUCCUAAAGACCUUCGGCCAGUGGACAACAGACAGAGUGUUUUAAAAUCAAUACAGGAAGUUCAGAAACGGUUUCCUGAUGGUGUGCCUUUAUUAGAUCCUAUUGAUGAUAUGGGCAUUCAAGAUCAAGGGCUGAAAAAAGUUAUUCAGAAAGUAGAAGCUUUUGAACAUCGAAUGUACUCUCAUCCACUUCACAAUGAUCCAAAUUUGGAAACUGUGUAUACACUUUGUGAAAAGAAAGCACAGAUUGCAAUAGAUAUUAAAUCUGCAAAGAGAGAACUGAAGAAAGCGAGAACUGUCCUACAGAUGGAUGAGCUCAAAUGUCGAAAACGUGUUUUAAGAAGGUUGGGAUUUGCUACUUCUUCUGACGUCAUAGAGAUGAAAGGACGAGUGGCUUGUGAGAUAAGCAGUGCUGAUGAGCUCCUUCUGACUGAGAUGAUGUUUAAUGGCCUCUUCAAUGACCUUUCUGCAGAACAGGCAACAGCCUUGCUAAGCUGUUUUGUGUUUCAAGAGAAUUCUAGCGAGAUGCCCAAAUUAACGGAGCAAUUAGCAGGACCACUUCGUCAAAUGCAGGAAUGUGCUAAAAGAAUUGCAAAAGUUUCAGCAGAAGCCAAACUUGAAAUUGAUGAAGAAACGUACCUAAGUUCAUUCAAACCUCACCUAAUGGAUGUAGUAUAUACGUGGGCGACUGGAGCUACAUUUGCCCAUAUAUGCAAAAUGACAGAUGUCUUUGAAGGUAUGGUUACAUUUUAUAUACAUGUGUCUUUUUCUGAUACAAAAAAAUGAUACCAAGUGGCAUUG